AUGCCUUUCAACUCACGUAGCUUUUUGAUAUUGGCAUUGGCGACUGCAUUUGCUCUGGAAGCAAGUGCCAUGGAAUUGAAGCCCUGGGGUACCGGCCAUCACCCAAGCGGCGAGUCAGUCGCCAAGCGAGCUGUAGCUGCUUUCAAUCUUGACCCUAUCGAUGAUCCUGGCAAGCUUUAUCCAAAUGUUUUCGGCAAACGAGCACUGCCUUCAAUCGAGCUGAAAGCUAUCAGUGACCCUGGUGUGCUCUUGAGAGGCCGCUCCGAGAAACGAGAGAUGCCCGGGAAUGGCUGUUUCGAUCCUGCUAAGCACUCUACAUUCUUCUGGGGUGGAUAUGCUGGUGACAACAUCUUCGUUGCAAACUUCACAAUGUCUGCACAGACUGACGACGAGUACAUCCUCGCAAUAGAGAACUUCGCAAAGCGGAUGAAGUCAAUCAGCUGUGGUACGCCCGAACAGCCUAUGAUCUUGGAGUUCAGUGACACAGACUCUCUGAAGUACGCAAAAUCAGCCUGGAAGUGGAUCGACGAUGCAGACAUCAACCACUUCACGCUGGUCACAGAGCCCGAUAUGUGCUACAAAGGCGAUAAUCGCUCGCCCUACCUCGUCAGCGCCAUCAAGUUCGAUGACACCAAACUGACAGCUGAGAUCACCGCGGAAGAAAAGCCAUGGAAUGAGAUAGCGCAGUCGUUUAGCCUCAACCUUGGUCACGAGUUUGUCGAUCCGGCAACUGCCAACGUAACCCAUCCUCAUCUCGCGCCUCGAGGAGACGAUGGCACUCAGAUGGAUAUCUCGCAUACGUUCAAAGGCAAUCUCUUCAAUUACGCAAAAGAUUCAAAAGAGACAGCUGGUAUGGCACUGAGUGCCGAUCUCGAGCUGAUAACAGAAGGUACUAUCGUUGCGGACUUUGACGUCAAGAAAAACUGGUUGGGCAUUCCCAACGACGCUACAAUCAACAUCCACCCUCAGGGAGUGAACGGACUGAUGAAACUGCAGCUCAGUGCCGACGGGAAGUUGGGCAAAGAACUGCAGUGGGACAUGAAGCCGGAGAUCUCGAUUCCAGUCCAGGCAUUGAAGAUUGCAGGUAUCCUCGAAAUUGGCCCCUUUAUCACUAUAGGCGUUCACCUCGGUUCCUCGGCCCUUGAGGGCACGAGCGAGAUGAGCGUGGGUGCCAAAGCCAAGAUCAAGGACGAGGCCAAGGUCGAUGUCAGGCUUACCAAACCAGAGGAGAACAAUUUCAGCGGCUGGGAACCGGACUUCGAGAAGGUCGAACCAGUCUUCAGCGGUGAGAUCAACGGUAACGUUCGCGCGUGGAGUGAGCUUGGUGUUCAGCUCAAGGCCGAAGUAUUUGGCAAAUGGGGCUACCAAGCUGCGGUAGAUGCCCAGCUACCCUUCUUCGAAGCAAGGAUGACCGGCAUCAUCGAUUCUGUUGGUGUUUGUAACAGCCAGAAGACGGUUGGCGUUCAACUUGGCACUGAUGUUGGCAUUAAUGUAAACCUCAAUGCCGGCAAAGUCAACAAAGCUCCUUCUUUCGAGAAAGACUUAUUCGAGAAAACAUGGCCGCUCUUCUCGACCUGUGUUCCAGUCGGGCCAGACAAUGCUAAGCCCACUGAGACUCCCGAGCCAGAGCCUAUCGAGGAGCCAAACCCCGCUGAGGAUCUGUCUGAGCCUGAGGUCACUGAGCAGCCAUCGGGGGCGACGCCAACGAUAGAUCGGGGUCCACUUGAGAUUGGUACAGGCAGCAUGCCCAUGAUUACGGGCGGACCUCAUUUGGUCACCGGCACCGGUACUGCUUCGAGUGGAUGGCCUAUGUACACUGGCAACACCACCUUCUUGAGGAUGGCCCAGCGCAGACCCACAGCUCUGUACCUCUGA